AUUGGUUGAGGCGCAUCGCCUUCACUGUUGUCUUCUUGGAGGGAGGUUGGUGUGACUGAGCGGCGCAUCCUUGGCUUGCUGCGGAGACGAUGGUGGUCCUCACCUUGCUGGAGAUGGGCGGCUCCCUCCUGGAGAAGGUGGCCUUCGGAGGGCCCAUCUCUUUUCUCCUGGCCGCUUCGGCCUUCGCCCUGAGUUUGGGCUACUUGUUGCAACUGGGCUCCAAAAACAGGCGCCAGUCCAAAGGGAACCAGAGGUACCCACCUUAUAUUUCAUCAAAUAUCCCCUUUUUGGGGCAUGCUGUUGCAUUUGGGAAAAAUCCUAUCGAAUUUUUGGAAAAUGCCUAUGAAAAGUAUGGACCUGUAUUCAGCUUUACUAUGGUGGGGAAGACAUUCACCUAUCUGCUGGGAAGUGAUGCUGCUGCGCUUCUGUUCAACAGUAAAAAUGAAGACUUGAACGCAGAAGAUGUGUAUUCACGUCUGACUACACCUGUCUUUGGAAAGGGAGUGGCAUAUGAUGUCCCCAACCCAGUAUUUUUGGAACAAAAGAAGAUGCUCAAAACUGGACUCAAUAUAAGCCAAUUUAAGAAUCAUGUUCCAAUAAUAGAAAAGGAAACCCUGGAAUAUUUCAAAACAUGGGGAGACAGUGGCGAACGUAACUUAUUUGAAGCACUGUCAGAACUGAUCAUUUUGACAGCCAGUCACUGUUUACAUGGGAAGGAAAUACGGAGCAUUCUCAAUGAGAAGGUGGCAGAACUCUAUGCUGAUCUGGAUGGGGGAUUUACUCACGCGGCUUGGCUUUUGCCUGGUUGGCUGCCUUUGCCUAGUUUCAGACGCAGAGACAGAGCCCAUCGUAAAAUAAAGGCAAUUUUCUAUGAAGUAAUACAGAAACGCCGGCAGUCUGAAGACAGAGAGGAUGACAUGCUACAGACACUAUUGGAUGUUACCUACAAAGAUGGGCGUUAUCUGACAGAUGAUGAAAUUGCUGGGAUGCUUAUUGGGCUGCUGUUGGCAGGUCAACACACAUCUUCAACCACAAGUACUUGGCUUGGCUUCUUUUUGGCAAGAGAUAAAUCCCUCCAGGAACAGUGUUAUGUGGAACAGAAAGCGGUGUGUGGAGAGGAUUUGCUUGCAUUAAACUAUGAUCAGCUGAAGGAUAUGACAUUGCUGGAGCAUUGUUUGAAGGAAACAUUAAGGCUCAGACCUCCUAUAAUGACCAUGAUGAGGAUGGCUAGAACACCACAGACUGUUGCUGGCUACACAAUUCCUCCUGGUCAUCAAGUUUGUGUAUCCCCUACUGUAAAUCAUAGACUUAAGGACUGUUGGAUAGAAAACCUAGACUUCAAACCACAACGCUACCUCCAAGAAAACCCUGCAGCUGGAGAGAAAUUUGCAUAUGUGCCUUUUGGUGCCGGCCGUCAUCGUUGCAUCGGGGAGAACUUCGCUUAUGUUCAGAUUAAAACAAUUUGGUCAACCCUUCUGCGUUGGUAUGAAUUUGACUUGGUGGAUGGAUAUUUCCCUUCAAUAAAUUAUAAAACUAUGAUCCACACACCUAACAACCCAAUCAUUAGAUACAAACGGAGGUCACACAGCAAUGUAACGUCUUCUAGCUAAAUUUCCUGAAGAUAUUUCUAUACAAGUUAUAUGAAGAUCCUUAAAAAGGAGACAGGUUUAUGCCUGUACUGUUGUAAAGAAAUGUGAAUAUUUGUGCUGUUCCUUAAACCUAAGAGGUGUUUCUUUUGAAUUUUUUCCCAUUUCACAUCAUGUAUCAUAACCAGAAUGUGUAUUUUAAUUGCUUGUGCCUUUUAUAAACUGAAUUUUUAUUCUUACAAGACCAAUCUUGAGCCGGUUCAGCAAUAACUUCAGUUUUGAUACUUGUAACUAGGAGCAUAACUUGAAAUAGGAUAAAAAAGAGUUGUGUCAUCAAAGACUACUAUAGUCUAAUAGUUUUAAAAUUGCCAUAACAUGAUGAAGCAAAACGGAAGUAACUGUUAUACAGCUUGAAUGGAGUUAAUACAUUUUCCUGAAGCAGUUGUUGUACCGCCUUCUUAGAAAUGAACUUUAAGGUUUUUAAAAAAAUAGAUACUCAUAAUCACUGACAAAUACAAAUCUUGUUAUCCAUUUUGCAUUGAACUCUAGACCCUGAUAUUUAAUGUGAUUUCUACUUAGACAGUUUCAAAUGCCACAGAGGAUACAGCAAACUCCAGCUCAAAUAAAGCUAUCUAAGAAUAAAACCAGAAGAGAGCAAGAAGCAGUUGUAGCUUCUCUGUAGAGCAGAGGUUAAUGUAUGAUUUUAUGGAUGUUGAUGGACUACAAUGUUUAUCAGCUCUAGGUUGCACAAGUAGGAAUGAGAGGACUUCUAAAUCUAGUAACAUCCAUCAGGCUCCCCAUUCCCCUGUAGAGAUAUUUUGUACAUUUCAUUGUGUAUUUAGUCAUGUUAGAUUGAUAAUUGUAUUUGCUUGAAUGCACUGGUAAUUUGGCCAGCUGCAACAUCAGUAAAGUUUUUAAUUAAAUGUGAUAAACUUAAUUUGUGAUGUUGAAAAUGUUCAGUAAUUCUGGCAGUGAAGAAUGUACAAGGAUGGGGACUGAUGUGACAAGUGUUUAAUUUCCAACAUGGCUGCUUUUCAAUAAUCCCAGUGGAGGAUGUCUUUGCAACCAAACCACCUAGACCUCUAGCUCAGUGGUUCUCAACCUCUGGGUCCUCGGGUGUUGGGUCUACAACUCCCAGAAUCCCAGCCAGUUUACCAGGAUUUCUGGGAGUUGAAGGCCAAAACAUCUGGGGAGCCACAGGUUGAGAACCACAGCUAGCUACUCCUAAUAUUUUUUUCCUAACAGAUAGAAAUGUGUAGAGUCAGGAUGAGUGUUCAGGUAUUGUUUCCAUCGUUCUUUUAGAACACUUUAGGCAUCCCUCAGGUAAUUAAGCCUUUGAAACAAGGUUUCUUUGUAGAAUGCUUUUGGUCAUGUGUGUGUGCUGGCCAAACAGGAGACACACUUCAGGUUGUGUACAAAAGGGACUGAAACAUACAUAUUUAUGGCAUAGAGCAGAUAAACCUUGCCAGUGAAAAGAGCGAGAGUGACUGAGAGAUGAAGCAACUGCAGGGAAUUCUGGCUCACAAGGGCAUAGGUUAAUCUUUUCUGUUUCAAGAUUUCAUUUACUCUGCUCAUUUGGAAUGCUUUAGUGAGACAUUACAUAAAACAAAGGCAAUGUUGGAAGAUGCCUUCAAAUGAUCUUUAUAAAUUUUCAAAUAUUUUUACUUAUGUGAGGUUUACCUAAUCUGGUUAUUUCAUUUCAUGUGUUAAAUUGGAAUUAAAAGUUUGCUGAAACAUG